CAUUUACCGGGUCCCGCUGAUCCCUCGGCCCUUUGGACCAGGGCCACCCUUUGAAUUCUUUCCUCCACGCAUCUCUCGUCGUUCACGCACCUUCGCCUGCGCGCGCGCCACCUCAGCGACGAACUCCCGCAUGCGCAAGGACAGUAACCGCCAUCUCCCCUCUCUUGAUAAAUCCAUGCCCGCCUCCUUCCCUCGGCUUCCGUUUCCUCCAAAAAAAUACCCUCAGAUCCAUCAAGGAAACAGAGACCCCUCGCCCGGACUCAGCAGGGUUCAGUCUCUACUGGAUCGACCUCGGCUGGAGUAAUUCUGGGAGGAGAAGAUGGUGACCAUGAAGCUGGGUUCCAAGCCGGAUAUAUUCGUCCUCGAAGGCCUCACAUGGAGAAGCAUGACGGAACUUGACAGCGAUGUGGUCGUCGAAGUAGGAGAGAUGUCCUUUUACCUCCACAAGUUCCCGCUGCUGAGCCGGAGCGGCGUGCUGCAGCGUCUGAUCAGCGAGUACCAUCCAUCGCCGGACGACGGCGGCAUGUGCACGCUGCAGCUGGACGACAUCCCGGGCGGCGCCAAGGCGUUCGAGCUGGCGGCUCGCUUCUGCUACGACGUCAAGCUCGAGCUCAACGCGCUGAACGUGGUGUCCCUCCGGUGCGCCGCCGAGUACCUGGGCAUGACGGACGACUACGCGGAGGGCAACCUGAUCGCGCAGGCGGAGUCGUUCCUCGCCGACGUGCUCGCCAACUGGAAGGACUGCAUCAAGGCGCUGGAGACCUGCGAGGCCGUACUCCAGGCCGCCGAGGACCUCCACAUCGUCUCCCGCUGCAUCACCGCGCUCGCCUCCAAGGCCUGCGCCUCCGACGCCGCCGCCUGGUCCGCCCACCACGGCGCCGCGCCGCACAAGAGCGCCAGCCUCGACCGCGACGCGCUCUGGAACGGCAUCGGCACGGGCGACACGCCGCGCGCGGGGUCGGCGGCGGCGGACUGGUGGUACGAGGACGUGUCGUUCCUCAGCCUGCCCAUGUUCAAGCGCCUGGUGCAGGCGAUGGAGGCCAAGAGCAUGCGCGCCGAGAGCAUUGCGGGCGCCAUCAUGUUCUACGCGGGCCGGCUCCUCCCGGGCCUCAAGCGCACCGCCAGCUUCAGCAACGCCACCAGCAACGCCGGGAGCCGCAGCGUGACCCCGCGCGCCUCCGGGGGCGGCGGCGCGUCGGAGGGCGACCAGAGGUACUUCCUGGAGGAGAUCGUGGCGCUGCUGCCGGCGAAGAAGGGCGUGGCGUCCACCAGGUUCCUGCUCGGCCUGCUCCGCACCGCGAUGCUGCUGCACGCCAGCCCGCUGUGCAGGGAGAACCUGGAGCGGCGCAUCGGGGCGCAGCUGGAGGACGCGUGCCUGGAGGACCUGCUGGUGCCCAACCUCGGCUACACCGUGGAGACGCUCUACGACAUCGACUGCGUGCAGAGGAUACUGGACUACUUCAUGUCGUCUAUGGACGGCGGGCUGGGCACCGGGUACACGUCGCCGGCUGCGCUGGUGGCGGAGGAUCAGGGGAGCCAGCUGGGGCUGGGGGCGCCCAUGCAGGCCGCGGCCACGCCGCCCGCCGUGUCGCCGAUCGCCAUGGUGGCCAAGCUCAUGGACGGAUACCUCGCGGAGGUGGCGCCGGACGCCAACCUCAAGCUGCCCAAGUUCCAGGCGCUCGCAGCCGUCGUGCCCGACUACGCGCGGCCCGUCGACGACGGCAUCUAUCGCGCCAUGGACAUAUACCUCAAGUCGCACCCGUGGCUGUCGGAGUCGGAGCGGGAGCAGUUGUGCCGGCUGAUGAACUGCCAGAAGCUGUCGCUGGAGGCGUGCACGCACGCGGCGCAGAACGAGCGCCUGCCGCUGCGGGUGGUGGUGCAGGUGCUCUUCUUCGAGCAGCUCCGCCUCCGUACCUCCAUCGCCGGCUGGUUCUUCGUCUCCGACAACGGGGCCACCGACGGCGCGCACCCGCACCUCCCGGGCAACAACGCCGGCGCCAUCGUCCCCAAGGGCAGCAAUGCGGCGGACAGCAGCCAGGACGAAGCCGUCGUGGUCACGCCUGAGGGGAAGGGUAGCGAAGGCAUGACCGACGUGAAGGCGAGGGUGUCGGAGCUGGAGAAGGAGUGCAUGAGCAUGAAGCAGGAGAUCCGGCGGAUCGGGAAGCCCAGGAGGUCGUGGAGCCUCCUCACCAGGAAGUGCGGCUUUGGGGCAAAGGUGCAGCAAGCGCAGCCUGCCAUGAGCGGCAAAUAGAGGCGCCAAAAGUAUGAAAUCUCAGCUUUAGAUUUUUGUACUCCCGUUUCAUUUGUUUUAAGCGGUAGUUCUUCCAUUUAUUUUGAAGUGGUAUAGUUCUUUCAUUCUCAAUUUCAUCUUAGGCUUUCAUCUUUCUUGGCUACAAUGGACUAGAUAUAUAUUGUGUAAUCCAAUAAGGUUUUCAACUUUGCAUAUGAAGUAGUGUUAGAAGGAUCC